UGGUCCCGGAGGGCCACGAAUUUGCCCAUGGAGCACGCCAUGAGGCAAAUACUAAUACUAGUCCUCGUCCACUAAUAUUGUCGUAUGAAAAUACAUUAGUUCGGGAUUUAAAGGAAUUGAUUGGAGACUUUGAAAGUUGA